AUGUCACCAGUGACCGACCACAUACAUUCGGCACCAAUCCAUCUGACCGGUUCCUUGUCGACGCGGGGUAAUUCAAUUUGGCGCAAAACUCUCGAGUCUCGAGCUUCUUGCCAAAUCACCGACACCAACACCAUCACCAACACCAUCACCAUCACCAUCACCAUUGCCAUUGCCAUCACCAUCGCCAUCACCAUCGCCGUCGCCGUCGCCAUCAUGGGUCGGCAGCCCCUCGUCAUCAAAUGGGUUCUUGACACACGACCCUUGUGGCCAGCCGCCAAAGCAACCAGAGACCUCGGCACAGAAGCCGCCCGAGCCUUUGCCCUCCUCACGGCCGAGGAGCGCGCCUCCAUCCUCAAGUACCACUUUGUCAAGGACGCCAAGCUGGCGCUCGGAUCCGCCCUCCUCAAGCGCCUCGCCAUCUCCUCCCACUGCUCGGUUCCCUGGUCGUCGGCGCAGUUCGUCCGGGACGCGCGCACAAAGCCCGUCUUCCUGCUGCCCGACAAGUCCGAGCCGCUCGUCUUCAACGUCUCCCACCAGGCCGGCCUGGUGGUGCUCUUCGCCGUGCACCGACCCCCGCCGCAGCUGUCCGUUGGCGUGGACGUCGUGUGCCCCUCGGAGAGGCGAGACCGCGACCACGCGCUCGUCGGCCAGGACGGCUGGACGCGCUUCGUCGAGAUGCACGAGUCCGUCCUGGCGCCGGGCGAGGCGGCGCGGCUGAGGGCGCUGCUCCCGCUUGCCCGGGACGACGCGGACGACGUGGGCGACGUGGACGGGAGGCUGGCCUACUUUUACGCGCUGUGGUGCCUGAGGGAAGGGUACGUCAAGAUGACCGGCGAGGCGCUGCUGGCCGAGUGGCUGGGCGACUUGGAGAUGAGGAAUUUCCGCCCGCCGGGCGGGGGGGGGCAGCUGGAGGUCUGGUUCAGGGGGGAAAGGGUGGAGGGCUUGGACGUGAGGCUGGAGUGGUUCCUGGGCGACUACAUGAUUUGCACGGUGGUCAGGGGGGUCGGGGACGACGCCGAGGCGCUGGGCGUGCGGCAGCAGGGCUGGGAGCUGCUGGACGUGGACGCGGUCGUGGACGCGGCAGAAAGAGCGGCGGCGAGUGCCUAA